CAGGUGGGUUUUUUAAGUUGUUCGCUGUCAGCGUCUCUGCGUUCUGUGACUCUGUUCUCUGUGUCAAAACUCUUUUCACUAAAUUCUUUUGCCACGAAAACACUUUUGAGCUAUUUAAUUUCGUACUAGGUCUGCAAAUACAAAGAAGAUGGGGCUCUCGAACUUCCCAAGCGCAUCAGAGGGUGUUCUUCCUGUUCUAGUAAUGAACACUGUGUUAUCAGUAGCUCUGUUGAAGAACAUGUUGAAAUCUAUGUUCCAAAUUAUUGGUUCCAAUGUGAAUUCUCAAAAUGUUGAAGAAGAUUCAGAUGGGUUUCCAGAGAUUGGAAGAGAUAGAAGAAUUUCGAUUACCCAAUUCAAGUCUCUGUGCCAUGAAAGGUCAAUUAUUGUGACAAAAACCACCAGUAGUAGUAGUGAUGGUUCUGCUUUUGGUUCAAUGGAGUGCUGUGUUUGUCUAUGUGGGUUUGAAGCUGAUGAAGAAGUUAGCGAAUUGUCCUGCAAGCAUUUCUUCCACAAAGGUUGCUUAGAAAAAUGGUUUUUAAACAAACGUGCUACUUGCCCUCUCUGUCGUUCUACUGAUUAGAAAAUUGAAGGGUUUCAAAAUGGUGGAUGAAAGUUUUGGAGGAAUACAAAAGAAAAGUUCUUUUUUUUUUUUUUUUUCCCCCUUUUUUCCUUGUACUUUUUUCUUUUCCUUGGGCAGUUUAGUUUCUUUCUUUCUUUCUUUCUUUUUGUUCUCUACUUUCCAUGUAUUAUUUUUUAGCGAAAACUAGAGAAUGUUCUUUGCUUUGCAUGUGGAUGUGCGCUUUAAAAGAUGUAAAAUCAUGAAUGAAUGGAUUACAGGAGCUUGUAAUA